UCACACAAAAAAGUGUUACUUAAGCACGAAAUAAUGUUCAUGUACAUGCCAAACAUAUGGUUGUUCAACCUCUUAAUUGUUUUUGGUCGACUAGUAUAUAAACUCGUGUAGUGGUUGUAGUUGGUUUUACUUGUUUCUCAUCAACCAGCAGCAGCCAAUACUCAUGUCUAAUCCCAACGACUGGCUUCAUAUCAACGGAAGGAAUCAUAACCCAACUGGUGAUAAUCAUCAACAACCAAUUCAUCAUCAUCAAGAUAUGUUCGGCCGCCGCCAUGCUGUAACAGACGCACCAGCAUCAGAAAAUUUCAGUUAUACAAGUACUGAUCAGAUGAAUUUGAUGGGCGAUGGUGGUAACUGUAACUCAAGCAGUACUAGCAGUAGUAGCACGCAUUUGAAUCCGGAGCGUAGGGCGUCCCGUGGAGCUCCGGUCACUCUUCUAAAUACGGAUGCAAGUAAUUUCAGAGCAAUGGUUCAACAAUUCACCGGUGUUCCUAAUCCACCCUUUUCUCUUGCUGGUAUUAACAAUAAUCAUCCUGAUCAUGCUGCUGCUGGUGUUCUCGCCGGUACUAAUCUCAACUUCCAAAUACCUCGUGAUAAUUGGUUUCAACAUCAUCAAGAUCCAAGCAGUAACUCUGUGAUGCAGCAACUACAGCAGCAGCAAUUCAUGUUUGCUUUGAACAAUAACAACAGUACUGUAACUACCAGUGGCAGAGAACAGGUGGGAUCUAAUCAUCAAGAUCAGCUCCCUGGGUUGCCUAAUUUUGAGUAGAGAUCAUAAUUAAAUAAUAUAAACACAUCUGUAGUUAAUAAAACUGGAGAGUACUAUUAAUUCUUCUUCAUUUCAGGCUACAAACAAUUUACUAGUUUCCGGCCGCCGGUUGAAAGUUUACCGUUGAAUUAUUUUGAUUGAUUGAUUAAAUUAGUUGUUUUAUUUGACUUGUAAAUUGGCAGUUUGUCGUAAACAACUACUAAAACAAUAUAAACAUGAAAUUCACCUUGCCAAGA